UUUUGGAAUAAAAAAUUAAAACGGCGGCUUUCAAAAUGUGCUGACUUUUUAAAUGACAACAAAAUAUUUUACUUAUUGUAUUACCACUAAGAAGAUUUCUGAGCGAUAAGAGUUUUUUUGUUAGUUUUUAAUCUCCCUGAGAAAUUAACGCGCAAUCAAAGGCUUUAAAGCAGCUGUGUGAGGCCCCGCCCCCUCCUCUGACACUGAACCUCGAUCCGGAUCAGGCGCUUCACUCAGACACGGCAUGUUUGACCUCUGAGCAUCAAAAUGUGUUCAAUUCCCGGACUCCCAACUCCAGGAUCAGAAGUGUCUGUUCUCGUCACAAGGGUAAAUCCGAACUCCAGUUGGGGUCUCGUGGAAUUAUGGGUCAACAUAGGACAUGAGAGGAAUCCUAUUUAUGCACAAAUGAGAGAGGAAAUCCAGAUUCCUAAAAGAAAGUUCAAUGGGUGUGAAGGAAAACCGGCAGAUCUCUGCCUUGUUUGCAUCAGUGACACCUGGCACAGAGCUCGGAUUGUAUCCAGUCAAAGUGAAACUUACAAUGUCUUUCUGAUCGACCAGGGACAGCUCCAUAUCACCACAAAUGAAGCAUUAGCUUGGGGCCAGAGUGACUGUUUUCUCCUUCCUCCAGAAAUGAAAUCCUGCAUACUUGCAAAUGUCCUCUCCCUUGAGGAUACCUGGUCUGAAAAAGCCUCAAAUAUUCUGAAGUCUUUGCACGGGAAGUCUUUGAAGGGACUGGUUCAACAUGUGCUAAUGCCAGAACGGUUCAUUCUCCUUGAUAUACCAACGGUUUCCAAACAUAUGUCCAUGUUAGGGAUAGCAAAGAAGGUACCAGCAGAUGAGUUUAAAUGCCUCGUUCAGGAGCGCCUGUAUUUACAAAAAGGAGUGGCUCCUGAAGUUCACCUGAAUGUCAGUCUCCAAGCUGGAAAAAAUCCCCAGUACUAUUACCCAGAACUGUUAACUGAAACUUUUGAAACUGUUAACGUGACAGAGGUAUACAGUCCACACAGCAUAUUUUGCAAAAUCAAAAUUUUGACCAAGGCAGUAAAGAACAUAUCAGAGCAGAUCCAGCAGCACUAUGAAGCAGGUUUGGAUUUUGAAGACGCUCAACCACGGACCUGCGGGGAUCCAUGUGCUGCAAAAGGCAAAAACAGCAGGUGGAAUCGCUCUUUGCUGAAGGAAAACAUGAAAAGCAAUGGCUCUGUAGAAGUCUUGCAUGUGGAUGAAGGAAAAACUGAGCUUGUCCCAGUUGAUGACAUUAAACCACUGCAUGAAGAAUUCCUGAAAAUGCCUGUUUUCACAUAUCCCUGUUCUAUGGAUGGUGUUGAAAACAAUGGGACAGGAUGGACUACUGAGCAGACAGAUUACUUGAAAUCACUGCUGCUAAACCAGACAGUCAUGGCAAAGUUGAACAGCCAUGAUAUACUUCAAGAUGUAUACAAUGUCACCCUUCAUGCAUUUAAUGGUGAAUGUAUAAACAGUAACUUCACGGCAAAAACAGGAAUCCUUUCACCCUUAAAAACUGAAGAAGAUUCAAAAGUUCCAGCUGUUUUAUCAUCUCUUUGUUCCCAUGGAGAUGAACAAAGUGUGGAUCUCAGCAAGGACGACGUAAACAUUGACGCUUUACAAGAGGAAACUUUACCAAGAACCAAGGACCUUGAUGUCAAUGGCAGAGCAGCUGAUCUUGACACUUCUGAUGUUAUCUACAUCCAAGAGAGCUCAGAGCAUGCAGACCCUGUAGUGCCAAGCAACAGCCGUCAUCAUGCAGGUUUCCAUUAUGUGAUGCAGAAUGCUGAUGACCCUGACGAUGUGUAUACUGUAGGGAGAAGUAUCAAUGUAAAGGUGUCUUGCAUUGAGAGUCUACAAAAGUUCUGGUGUCAAACAGCAGACAAUAGCGACCUCCUUAAACACCUUAUGCAAGACCUGCAAAACCACUACGAAUCCAACCACCCUGGGCCUCUUGUUGAGUCCAUCUGUGUCGCCCGUAAUCCAGACAACAACAUGUGGUCCAGAGCAAGGAUCAUUGCAAGUCAUCACUCCCCUGUGGUAGAUGUGAGGUUUAUAGACUACGGACACACUCGGAAAGUUCCACUCCAAGAUGUGCGCCCCAUUGACCCAGCUUUCUUGCGUCUACAUGCACAAGCCUUUCAGUGUUGCUUAUUCAAUCUGAAAAAUCCCUCUAAUCCCACAGCCAUCAGUGGGACUGAUGCUGCUUUAGAAGAGUUUAUGAAGUUCAUGGAUUGGAGUGCUUUGUCAAAUACUGGGUUAAAAUGCAUUGUCAAAGCUGUAACCUCUGAUGAAGAUGGUGUGCCUCUUAAUGUGGUGGAUAUUGAAGCAUCAUCUGAGAGUGCAUGCAAGCGUCUUGCUGAGAUAUUUGCACAGGCUGAGACUCCAGUGCCGAUUCCACCAGAAAUGCAAUCAGAUGCAUACAAUUAUUCUACACACAAUAUUGACGUUGGCGCCAAAGAAGCUGUGCAUGUUACCUCUUCAAACAGUGUCAAUCACUUAUACUGUCAACUCAACAGGAACUCUAGUUUGUUGGACAAAGUGAUGGAAAAUGUGAAACAACUAAUUGGCCAGUCAAAGUGCACAGGUCACCCACUCAGACUGAACAGCAUUUGCUUUGCUAAGUAUACUGAUAAUCAGUGGUACAGAGGUCAAGUAGUAGAAAUGUCUCCAAAACUCAAAGUCAAGUUAGUGGACUACGGUGAUACCCUUGCACUAAAUGAAUCUGACGUGCGUCCCUUUCCCACUGAAGCAGGUAUUGCCAGGUCAGCUCCUGUGCAGGCUGUUCCACUUGGACUCUACAAUGUCCCUGCAGAGGUGCCACAGGAAGUCAAUCAGUGGUUUGCAGAUGAGGCUAUUGGCUGUAAUUUCACCAUUUCAGUAGUGGCAAAAGAAGCAAACGGGAAGCUAAUUGUUGAACUGUUUGUAGGAUCUCUAAAUGUUAAUAAGAAAGUCAGAGAGAUGAUUCACAUGACACAACAAAAGGUCGCUAAGGGUCUUAUUCAGAAGACUAAUCAGCAGCUCUAUAUCAGUUCUACACACACUGAUGUGCCAAAUGGGGACUGUCUAGUGGAAGAGCUCAUGACCCAAACAGUAAUACCAAAGAUGGCAGAAGGAGAUCAAGCCAAUAAAAGCAAUGCAAUGUGUUGUGGAGAUCAGCUGCAUGAGUGUUCACAAUCCGUGACAUAUGCAACCCAAGAUGACCUUGAAAUUACUCUGGAUUCACAUCUGACUUUGGAUGUCAUUCUUGAAGCCAGUGAAUCUGUGUUGACAGAGACUUUCAUACAGGAUGGCGACAGCGACUCAAAACUGAUAAAACAUUCCCCACCUUCAUGUCCCGAAGGAAACCUGAACAUCUGCAUGUACCAGAAGCCAAACAUUUCUCCAAACAAGACAGAAGAUGUUUAUGCUUCCUGCAUUGUUGGACCAAAUCACUUCUGGUGUCAGUACGCCAACACUGAAGACCUGAACCUGGUGUCCAGGCUUGCUCAGGAGGCAGGGAAGACACAGCAGGACACACUGUUCACCAAGAGUUUGGACCGUGGUAAUCCAUGCCUUGCUCUUUUUUCCAGUGACAACCAGUGGUACCGCGCUCAGGUACUCCAGAGGACUGAGAGUUCACUUCUUGUUCUGUUUAUUGACUAUGGAAAUGAGUCAGACGUUGACAUAAAAAAUGUGAGACCCUUGCCACAGACUCUGCUGGAUGCAGCUCCUCAGGCCUUUUUCUGCUCUUUGAAUGGAUUUGACGAGUCCAGGGGCUCCUGGGAUGACGAUGCUUAUGAUGACUUCUACACACGAUUGGUCGAUAAACAACUCAGAGUGACAGUGUUUAAUGUGGGCAACCAUUCAGGGAUAACAGUGCCCAAAUUUGCAGUGCAAAUACAGUCUGACAAUGUGCUUGUUAAUGAAGCAAUGCAGAAAUACUGGAAGACGGCUGCCAAAGAAUGUGUCGAGACAGACAACAUCCAAUUGGAGAACUCGAUCCAGGACAGUCAAACUGAGUUCAACCAUACACACCUCAGUGUUUCCAAAGGAAGUGUGAAUAAUGUCACGUACAAGAAGCCAAACAUCUCCAAAAACCAAACAGAGGAGGUAUAUGCUUCAUGUAUUCCUGAACCUCAUUUUUUUUGGUGUCAGUACGCCGACAUGGAGGAGGAGCUCCGCAAAAUAUCACAGCUAGUUCAGAAAGCAGCUCAGGCCCAGCAGAACGAUGUGUUGCCCCAGACUCUUGUUCCUGGCAGUCCUUGCCUUGCUCUGUUUCCCAGUGAUGGACAGUGGUAUCGAGCUCAAGUUCUUCACAGAGUCGAUGACGCUUUCCAUGUUCUCUUUAUUGACUAUGGAAAUGAGUCUAACACAAUGAAUGUGAGACCAGUCCCUCAGACUCUGCUGGAUAUGGCUCCACGGGCCUUAUUAUGUUCUUUAGAUGGAUUUGAUGUGUCAAAGGGCUCUUGGGAUGAUGAUGUUUCUGAAGACUUCUUCAAUCUUCUGGUUGACAAACCACUAAAACUGAGAGUGCUCAACAUGAAGAACAAUUUGAAAAUUCAUACUCCACAGUAUAAUGUAGAAAUUGAGUGUGAAGGAGUGCUGGUAAAUGCAGCCAUGAAGAAAUACUGGAAAACAUCUUCUGAAGAAAGUGUUUCGAAGAAAAGCCCUCAAACUGAAACUUCACUCCAGAAAAGUCAAACUGAGUCCAACACAACACAGAUCACUUUUUCCAAAGAAAAUGUGAAUGCUGUCAUGUACAGAGAGCCGGAAGUUUCCAGAAUUAAAGCAGAGAUGGUGUACGCCUCUUGUAUUGUGGAACCCAGUUACUUUUGGUGUCAGUAUGCCAACACAGAGGAACUCAACAAAGUAUCUCAGCUUGCUCAGGAAGCAGGACUAAAACAACAUGACCUAGAGUUUGCUGACUCCCUUAGUCCUGGCAGUCCAUGCCUUGCUCUGUUUUCCAGCGAUGAACAGUGGUAUAGAGCUCAAGUUAUUUGCAAAGAAGCCGAUUCAUUUCGUGUCAGGUUUAUUGACUAUGGAAAUGAGUCCAACGCUGACUUCAAGAAUGUGAGACCACUGCCUCAGACUCUGCUGGAUGCAGCUCCUCAGGCCUUUUUGUGCUCUCUGGAUGGAUUUGAAGUGUCCAGGGGCUCCUGGGAUGACAAUGUUUAUGAUGACUUCCACACGCUCUUGGUUGACAAACCACUCAGAGUGACAGUGCUCAGCAUGAACAACCAAACAGAGCUUGCUGUUCCUCAGUUUAAAGUUCAAGUUGACUGUGAUGGAGUGGUUGUGAAGGAACUGAUGGAGAAAUAUUGGAAAGGACUGAACACGGACCAUUCCUCAGCAGAAGCAUUCAGGCCAGAACAGGAUGAAGAGGAUUGUUGAGGAUUAAAGUCGUUAAAUAGCUGCCCAGUGACCGCUCUGGAUCCAGAUAAAUGUCCUCGGAGGGAACCAACAGUCAACACUGCUGUUAUGUGAAUUGUUUGUUUUGUUAAAAAUUUUAAUUUUACAAAAUACAUGAAGUAAAAUAAAUGAAAUGAAUCCUA